AUGUCCUCAAAUGUCGGCACCCCCGGGGAUGACAAGAUUCCUAUCCAAAUCCAGAGUCCGACAUACAUUCUCAACUAUGACUUUUUCAACUCACAAGGCACUAGAGUUUUUGUCAAGAAGGGAGCUCUGGUCUCAUUUAUCAUAAAACAUCGAUACUCUUAUAAACUUCGCAAGACUAUCAUUGCAACAUCACCACAGUUUCCAGUACUAAAACUUCUCGAAUGUCAGCAAAAUCAAGGCGCAGACCAAAGUAUAUCUAUCCCACUAUCGUCUACGUCUGCGCCCUCCAAAUCGGCAACUUUGCAGGUUAAAGUUUGGCCUCGAGCAUUCAACCGGCCGCAAGAUUUGGCUGAGAAAGAUAAAACAGCUUUGAAGGAGCGCAUGGAUCUAAUCAAGCAGAAGUCCCUUCAGGCCGCCGAGAACUUAAAGACCCAGUUUUCUGCUCUUGCCUUUGCUUCUCGAGGCUCGCCGAUGGAACCUUUGAUCGACGUCGCAUCGACUCUCUUAGACGCUUUGACAGCGUUGAGAGAUCACCCCUCUGUUUCACAGCGCAUGGACGGUGCUGACAGUGCGAAGCACGGGGACGUGAUUGCAAAUGUGGUUAACGACGCUAGCGACGCCUUCACUAAAGUCAUAAGGGAAUCUAAGUCAGCGGAUGCUAAGCUUCUCAAGUCUACUGAAAUUUAUGGGAAAUAUGAACAAGACAUUGUGUCUGGGGUAGUCCACGCCGCCCAAAUGAAGAAUUCGAAGAAGACGGAAGUUAGAGACGUAGUCGCGAAUAACCCAAGCCUGGGAAAACUCCAAACCAUAUCAGUGUUCCCACCUCUCCUAUAUGAUCCGCCCACGGCAUAUCAUUCUGACUGUAUCCGAAAACUGACCAAAUGGGCUCUGACGUCUUUGAAGACGAAUCCAGCGUCCACUGCCAACACGAAGCCACUCUUUUGGAUGUAUGGAUCAGCAUCCUGUGGGAAGACGCAAACGACUGCACAGCUCAUAGAGACCUUCAACCACAUGGGAUUUCCUGCAACUUACUUUUCAUUCAAUGAAUCGGGACACCGGAAGACGUCAGCCUUGCUGGAACACCUCCCGGCAACGCUUGCGUACCAAAUUUCGACUCACCAGUCCGAGGUGGCGCAGUAUGUGUGCGAUGCCGUGAAAAGCCACCCUAAUAUCUGUGAUACACCUCUAGAUACGCAGAUGAAGCAGCUGGUGAUUGACGCUCUGCAUACGAUGGUAAAGGAUAGAGCUGGGCAAAAAGAUACUUUGCCUGUUAAGCCUCUUCUCAUCGUGUUAGACGACGUGGAUAGGUGCUCAGUCGAAGAGCAGAACAGCUUGGCUGACCUAUUGCACCGGUGGUUCGUGGGUCAUGGAGACGAACUCCCCGCGCCUUCAUUUGUCAGGGUGCUUUUGCUCGUCGUCUUCGAGAAUCAGCACGUCCCAGCUGGGCUCACCGCGGCGCCUGACAUUCGCGCCUAUGAUGAAUCUUUGAUCACAUUCAAGAGCUAUGCUAUUUCGGAGGUACUCUUUGGUCAACACGGAUGUAUCCAGCCUCCUGGAUUUUUCUGAUCACCAAUACCCUGCCUAUUCUUGUAAUCUAUUGUACUAGUUAAAAAACGUAAUUCCUCUUC